AUGACGACCAUGUUCUCUGCUCCACGCGAGUCGACCCUCUUUCUCGGCGGCGAAAAAGUCUCCGGUGAAGAUGUCCGCAAUGAAAAUGUCCUUGCCGCACAAACCAUUGCCAAUGUCGUUAAGUCCUCCCUUGGGCCUGUAGGCCUCGAUAAGAUGAUGGUGGAUGAUAUUGGUGAGGUCACCGUCACGAAUGACGGAGCGACUAUCCUGUCCCUGCUCGAGGUAGAGCAUCCAGCGGGCAGGAUUCUCGUUGAGCUUGCCCAGCAGCAAGACAAAGAAGUCGGUGACGGGACGACCUCUGUAGUGAUUGUUGCUGCUGAGCUUCUACGACGAGCGAAUGAUCUCGUCAAGAACAAGAUCCAUCCAACAACCAUCAUCUCAGGCUACAGGCUGGCCUUGAGAGAGGCCACCAAGUACAUGGAAACCACUAUGAGCACAAAAGUAGAUGCACUCGGAAAGGACUGUCUCAUCAAUGUUGCCAAAACUUCCAUGUCCUCCAAGAUUAUUGGCAGCGAUGCUGCCUUCUUCAGCUCCAUGGUCGUCGAUGCAAUGCAGAGCGUCAAGUCCACCAACUCUCGCGGCGAGACGAAAUACCCAGUCAAGGCAGUCAAUAUCCUCAAGGCACAUGGUAAAUCAGCACUAGAGAGUAUACUCGUCAAGGGCUAUGCGCUCAAUUGUACCGUGGCUUCACAAGCCAUGAAGACACGCAUUCAGGGCGCUAAAAUCGCUUGUCUUGAUAUGAAUCUGCAAAAGACACGGAUGGCCCUCGGUGUGCACAUCACGAUUGAUGACCCUGAACAACUCGAAAAGAUUCGUCAGCGAGAGUCAGACAUGACGCUUGAGCGCGUACAAAAGAUUUUGGGAACAGGCGCUAAUGUCGUGCUGACGACCAAGGGUAUUGACGAUAUGACAUUAAAGGCCUUUGUUGAGGCUGGCGCUAUGGCUGUACGACGUUGCAAGAAGGAAGACUUGAAACGUAUUGCCAAGGCAACCGGUGCAACGCUCCUUUCUUCCCUGUCGAACCUCGAUGGCGAUGAAGUCUUUGAAGCAUCCUCGCUCGGCUACGCAGAAGAAGUUGUUCAGGAACGCAUCUCUGAUGAUGAAUGUAUCCUCGUGAAGGGCACAAAGGCCUAUUCCUCUGCAUCCAUCAUUCUGCGCGGUUCAAAUGACUACCAGCUCGACGAGAUGGAGAGAUCCAUCCAUGACUCGCUCUCUGUUGUGAAGCGUACACUCGAAAGUGGUUCUGUUGUGCCGGGAGGUGGAGCCGUUGAAACGGCCCUCUCCAUCUACCUCGACAAUUUCGCAACAACACUCGGUAGCAGGGAACAGUUGGCCAUUGCAGAAUUUGCAGCAGCACUCUUGGUGAUUCCAAAGACACUGGCCGUUAAUGCUGCAAAGGACUCCUCUGAUCUUGUUGCAAAAUUGCGCGCCUACCACGCUGCAUCGCAAGGCGCCGCUGAGGCAGAUAAGAAGAAGCGCGGAUACAAGUUCUAUGGCCUCGACUUGUAUAAUGGCAAGGUCAGGGAUAAUGUUGCUGCAGGUGUGUUGGAACCUACGGUGAGCAAGUUGAGGAGUUUCAAGAGUGCGGUGGAGGCUUGUAUUGGUAUCCUGAGGAUUGAUACACGGAUUACGCUGGACAAGCCUGAGCAGCAGGAUGACGGGCACGGUCACUAG